AUGGGGAGAUUCAUUCAACUCGGAGCACUUGCUUGCUUGUACCUGGGCGUGGAGUCCAAGGCGCUGAGAUGGCAGGACGAUACCCCAAGCUGGUCUCCACCCAGGCAGACCAUUGCUGCGAUGAACAUGGAGGAGCUCGGCUUCAGUCCAAAGCCCACUGCGGCGCCUGAGCCCGGCUAUGUCGACCUGAAGCUGGCCAAGCGUGUAAGAGGCGACGAUACCUGUGGUUACAUCUCUGGAGAGGCUAGUAAGUCAGCGAGUCGCGCCAGCAGUGGUGACACUCGUAUGCAACUCUGUACUGCCUCAGAAAGACCCGAGUGUGCCACUUACAUCUACUCGGGCUCGUUGUUCAACCGUUAUACCCUCUAUGCAUGCGCCGCCACUGAGGAAGUGAUUGUCGUCUACGCAAACCCUACAGAUUCUUCCGUCACUCAGGAGUCAACGACAGCGCCGGCAACAACCUCCCUUCGCAGCAUCGCGUCAACCACUGCUACGUCGGCAGCUACUACUAGCACUUCUAGCGGUGGUGGUGGCGGCAGCGGCGGCUCGUCCACUCCCGUUGGCGCUAUUGUGGGCGGCGUCGUCGGAGGUGUAGCGGCCAUUGCACUCAUCGUCUUCGGCAUCAUCUUCCUCCUCCGCAAGAAGAAGAAGGACACCAACAAUGUCAACAACAACAACCAGGCCGCCCACCAGUCUUACGUCGGACCCCCGCCGCCCAACCAGGGACAGCCGCAAAUGUACCAGCAGCCCGGCCCGCCAACGCAGCAGCCGUCGCCCCAAGGAUAUCCUCCCCAGCAACAGCAAGGGCACUACCCACAGGGCUUCACACCCGUGGAUAACAACAAUAACAGACAGAGCAUGAUGAAGCAGCACUACGACGUCACCACGGGAUCCUACGACCAGAGCACCAACGGCGUCAGCCCGCCCGCCAGCCCGCCGCCCAUGAGCCCGUCGCCUACAUACCAGUCCGGUGUGCCGCAGUAUGUGCCCUCUCAGAACAGCGUCAGCCCGACGCAGGGGACGUAUCCUCCUCAGCAGCAGCCGCAGCAACAGCAAGGGGGCUACUACAACGCACCACCUCCCGCUCAAGGACAGCCGCCUGCGCCACAGCAGCAGCAGCAGCAUCACCAGCAGUCGAGCUUCGCUUCUGAGCUGCCUGCUCACAGGGGCGACAAUGAGCUGCGUGAGUUGGCUUGA